GUGGAGUUGUACCACGUGGUCAGGUAUUCUGCACUUUAGAGUCGAUGAAUCUCCUCAGCAGCUUCUUGCCUCCCGCUGAUGGGGUUCGACGUUUGCAGCCAGGGACUGAGGCUGUGGUGGGCGGCAGAGGUCUCGGCCCUGGAACCCUUUAUAUUGCUGAGAGUCGCCUGUCAUGGCUGAACGGUUCCGGCCUUGGUUUCUCAUUAGAAUAUCCAUCAAUCAGUCUCCAUGCAAUCUCCAGGGACACGGCCGCUUAUCCUGAGGAGCAUCUCUACGUCAUGGUGAACUCCAAGCUCGCAGACAAAGAAGACAAGGGAGCUCAUAUGGCUGAUCAGGAGGAAGAAGAGAGUGAGGAUGAUGAUGAUGACGAUGAUGAAGAACCUAUUACAGAAAUACGUUUUGUUCCUGGAGAGAAAUCUGAUUUAGGAGAGAUGUUUUCAGCCAUGUGUGAUUGUCAGGCCCUCCAUCCUGACCCAGAAGACGCAGACUCUGACGAUGACUAUGAAGGAGACGAGUAUGAUGUUGAAGCUCAUGAGCAAGGACAGGUUGAUGUUCCCACAUUUUACACUUAUGAAGAAGGAUUGUCUCAUCUCACCACAGAAGGCCAGGCCACACUGGAGAGGUUAGAAAACAUGUUGUCCAACUCUAUUGGCAACCAGCACACCAUGGCUGGAGUACGGACAGAAGGACCUGCACUAGAGCCUGAAGAUGGAAUGGAUGUAGAAAACACACAAACAGUGGCUGGCCAGUUUGAAGAUGCAGAUGUUCAUCACUGACCCAUGGCUACAGAAAGGUCUCAUUUCCACAUCAAGACUUGACAGACUUACUGAUAAUUCCAAGUUCAGAUCUGUAAGGACUUGGGCUGUGUGAUAUCUGCCAGUAACAGCCCCAGUUCAGUUUUCCUUAGACCAUUUAAAAAAAAUAAUGCUUCAAUUUGUUGUGCUAACGCUUUACUGAUUUACUAGCCAUUUUGUUUGCGUUAAAGGCACUUACAUUCACUGUGGGCAAUUUCACGUGGAUUCAUUAACUUAAGCACUUGGCCGU